AAAUAUCAAGUUAACUUCUUUCGAUUAGAAUCGUGUGUAUUCCUGUACAUUUGAUAUUUUCAUACUUCCUCCUCGUUGAUUUUUCUCAUAUUGUUAUUAAUUAAUAUAAACGUUUUCUUUUUUUCGUAUUCUUCUUUUUAUUGUUAUAUCAACGUAGCAAUAAUUUCAUAACGUAAAAUUUGUCACAAUGGCGACGAAAAGUUCUUUGCAUUUUGUCGUUGGUCAUAUCAAUCGUGUGUUAUCCAUUAAUAGUGCCGAAAUUGUAUUCAUGUUGGAUGAUAAAUUGCAAAAAGUUUAUCUAAAGAAAGAAAAAUAUUUUCACAAUGGUAGAUUGAUACCUCAAGAUGAAUCUUUGUUCAGAUACAUUAAAUGCGGCAUGAAGGUAAAAUUUUCCUGUAGGAUUUUAAGACAACAAAAAUGCCUUUACGGAUGGAUAGCUUUAAUGUGUUGGCCAACGGAGCAAACGUUAGGAUUAAGUGUAUCUCUCAAAGUAGGAAUGCAAUAUAUUUCGGGACGUAUCUUUACUCUAGACGAAAAGCAUGGUGUUUUGGUUACCAAUGAUAUUACUGGCAAAGAAUAUAAAGUAUAUUUCUUGACGAGCAAUUUUUUUUAUCAUGGCAAAAAAUUAGACUUAUCUCAAAGUUCGCUCAACGAGAUAAGUUUGACAGAUGUCAUCUUCUUUGACGCUGUACCUUGUAUUCCUGAAGAGAAUGAAUAUAAUUGCGAAUGGUAUGCUACUUGUGUCUUUAAAGGAAAAAGACCAAACAUGAACAAUAUUGUACCUGAACCAUUAAUAGAUGACUUAGGCACUGAAGAAAUUUUGCAAGUUAUCGAAAAUUGUUUCAUCAAUCCAAAUUCUAUGUUUCUAAUUGGUAAAGGAAUAUUGCUGAAUACUAUAAAUAAUGACUUUGGUCUAAUUUUAGGUGAAUUUCAGUAUAACAUUUUCAAAGAAAUAUUGUUCCAUAAAAAUAAUACUUACGUAUUCAAGAUGUGCCUAGAUAAAUACGGUCUACCUGAUAUAUUAAAGAGAGGAGACAGAAUGAAAUUUGUCGCCAUAGGAGCUCCACCAGGUUUUUUUGUAGAAUGGAUUGCAAUACAAGUAUCCGUUUGCGAUGCUGGAGAAUAUAGAACUUCAAAAUACGAUGGCUUUUUAUCACGUUUGUGUCAAUAAUGACAAAGAAUAUAGGUUAAGAGGUAUAUAACAGUACAAAAAAUUAUAAGACUGCAAAAUCAAAGUUCCUUUAAGACUUACUUAUUAUAUAUAUAUAUAUAUGUAUAUGUAUCUAUAUAUGUAUCUAUAUAUAUGUAUGUAUGUAUGUGUAUAUAUAUAUAUGUAUAUAUGUACAUUGUUUAUGAUUGUAAAUAAGAAAUGUUCAACAUAAUAUUUCUACAUUUAAAAAAUCUUUUGCAGUGUAUUAUUAUAUUAAACUAUAUAUAUAUAUAUAUUUUAUUAUUAAGUUUAACAAGGUAUUACUUACUUAAUUCUCUAAAAGAUAUCGUGAAUCUUCAUGACGACUAUUCUGUUUGAAACUUUUAUAUUACUAGUUGUAACAUGUAGAAUUAAUAAGUAGCUUAAGGGCACACGCAAUUACGCUUAUUGUUUAUAUAAACAUCCUAUGUGAUAUUGUUAUUAGUAUACGUACAUCUACAAAGUCAAAAUAAUAUAGUUGUAUUUAUAUUUUAUAAUUAUUAUUACUUUUUAUAUAUAUAUAUAUACAUACACAAUAUUAUCUGAUAAUUACACAAACUGUUCUUGUUGAAAUAACUACAAAUAUAUUUCUUAUUACGUCGUACGUAU